AUGACCGAGCCCUCCAAUUCCAUUCCUGACUCGGGCACUUUUGCUGUGCUCACCAUCGAUCCUGUGGCCUCCGUAGACUACUUGGAGGACCCAGAGGCUACUGCCGCCAGCGCUGAACUCGCCAGCAGGCAUUAUGUGAUAUGUGAUGUUGCACUCAAAUCAAUCUUCAAUACUCUGGCUGCGUUUCGCGAAGAGCGCGUGUACUUUGUUCAGCAAGGCCCACCACAGGCUAUCCCUGCCCAACUCGUCGAUGCCAGCAUGUCAAUCCCCAUCGCGCCCCAAACUUGCAGCGUCGAUGACCAUCCGUCGAAGCGCGAGCCAGUCAAGAUGGCGACCAAUCCGUUCCCAUUCCCAGACUGUUAUUUGUCAGCUUUUGCGAGUGCUAAGGUGCGCACCGCGAAUGUCGAAGUUGCGGAGUCAGCCAUAUGCGAGAUGGAGGAAGAAGAACGGUUUCGUGUCCUCGAAUUGAUAGAGGAUGAUUUCGAGCUCCACCUCGAUCGCCUACAGGAGCAACAAGAAGCGGUCGACAAGAGAGACGAGCACGAAAUAACCCUAGAACAUAUGGAGCAGGAGGAGCAGAGCGAAGUAGAACUGGAUGAACCAAUCGACGAGGCCGACGAAACAGUUGCCGUCUUCCGUGGCCUGCUUUCGCGCCAGCCUUCAGAGACCCUCCCUGUAGUCAGGUUUACCUACGACCUCUCUCGAGUUAAAGAGGUCAACGACCCUCGUGGCUUCUGGGUUGAAGUGGAAAAAAUCACCCAAAUCGCUGAAGCGUCGAAAGCACGAAGAGAAGCAAACAAGAGUGCUGUGGCUGAAAAGGAUGCAGCGCUGUACGAUAGUCGAAUGGCCGAGUUGUUACAAAGCCACCACGCUUCGCAAGCUGCAGGCUUCCGCAUACCACGAAUCAUUACCCGCGGUGUUACCCGUGCCAAAUCGCUGUUGUGUCGGAUACUUUGCAUGGCCCCGGGCUCGCACGCCAUAUAA